AUGUUUGAUAAAAUAAAACUUUCAGUGUUUGAAAGUAUUGUAAAUAAUCAAAACUUUGAUGACGAAGAGCCUUUGUUAGCGGAAGUUCUUGGCUCUCGGAAAAUCUUCACUCAAAAUCCCACUGAGAUUGGUUACUUUACACAAUCGGGAGGACAACUUCACUACAAUGACACUACAGGAUUAGGUAUAAUUAAUAUUCCAAUUGGUUCAACAAAAUCAGGAUACACAAAGAAUAAAGGCCAAAAAGCUGAAAAAAGACAACCUUUAAUAGGCACGAGUUUAUCUGAAGGGUUUGACGAUUAUCAGCGCACUAGUUUAGACCAAAUCUAUCUGCUUGAUGAUUUGUUUGAAUCUAUUCAUUAUCUUUUGAAUAAAGGCGUUUUGUCACGAAAUGACUUGAAGUUUCUUACACUACGAAGGCAUUUACAGAAAUUGAUGAAUAUCCCCUUGGACAGACAACUUGGUCAGUUCAAUGUUAUCUACUGGAAAGAAUUGAUUUUCUUCACAUAUGACUGGGAAAACAGUCUCCAAAAAGAAGAAUGCACAUACACAUAUACUGAGUUAUUGCUACAAUAUUCCGGAUUCAAGUUUGAACAGUUGUUGACGGAUUCAGAAACAAUAUCUAAAUAUUUCACAGUGGUGAAGCACAAAGUAAAUGGUAUACCGGUGAUAUACACUGCAGAGAUUGAUUGUGGUAUCACUAAAUCACCGGGGCUAACAAACUAUGUAGAGUUGAAAACCCAUUCUCAUUUACUUGAUAAUAAACUAAAGACCAAAAACAAAUUUCAUCACAAGUUGAUGAAGACGUAUUGCCAAAACAAGUUCAUCUCGUGCAAGAAUGCGGUAGUUGGUUUCAGAUCAGCGGAUUUCAAACUUACAUCAGUGAAAAAGUAUACCGACUUUGAAUUGGCUAAAACAUUGCGUGCUUCACCAAUAUUUUUGACUCGUACAUGCUCGAUAAAUACGGAUCACAUUUUCCAAUGGUACAAGUUAAUCAUAAGCUGGAUUUGUGAAAGGAAAAUAGAGGACAGCGAUGAAUGUCAAGUGUUUAAGCUAUCUUUCAAAAGAGAGGGGGAAUUGAUGGAUUCACACCUAUGUUUUCAAACUGUCAAGAAAGAGGAAGCAAAUAAAAUAUUCAAAAAAGUAGUUCCCACCUGGUUCCGGGAAUUUUGCGAAGCUCAAUAA